AGAUGUCUGCUGCAAGUUCCUGGCCGCUUCUGAGCUCACCCCAUCCUCCAAGAGGGAGGAGGCCUCAAUGGUGAUGCUGCCCGCCUCGCUCCAGCCGCUGCUGCUGCCUGUACUGCUGAUACUCUAGAGGGGCUGGAAGGGUGGUUCCUAUUCACACCGUCGCCAACCAGAGAGUGGAGGAAAAAAAAUCCCGGCAAUUGCUGCUGAUGUUGGGUUUGGAGGCUGCAUCCGACUCGGUCACAAGGAAAAUGGAUUCAGUUCGCAUCUCUCCCUCGUUUCAGCAGUUCCUCCGAGUCUCAGUGUGGGCUUCCAGGGCAGCUGAGGAGACCUUACCAAGGAGCACCACGCAGUAGAUGCUGGAACAUCUCACUCCAGGAUGAGAACCAGUAACAUGGCAGCACCCAUUGGAAAAGAUUAAAAACCAACAGACUCCAUUUAGAAAGAAACAAUGUCCAAGAAAGGGCGAAAUAAGGGCGAGAAGCCCGAGGCACUCAUUGUCGCCCUUCAAGCUGCCAAUGAAGACCUCAGGACCAAGCUCACAGACAUUCAGAUAGAGCUUCACCAAGAGAAGUCCAAGGUAUCCAAGCUUGAAAGAGAGAAGACUCAAGAAGCAAAGAGAAUUCGUGAGCUGGAGCAGCGCAAGCACACGGUGCUGGUGACAGAGCUCAAAGCCAAGCUCCAUGAGGAGAAGAUGAAGGAGCUGCAGGCCGUGCGGGAGAAUCUCAUCAAGCAGCACGAGCAGGAAAUGUCAAGGACAGUGAAGGUGCGGGACGGAGAGAUUCAGAGGCUCAAGUCUGCUCUUUGUGCCCUCCGGGAUGGCAGCAGCGACAAAGUAAGGACAGCGCUUACCAUUGAGGCCCGGGAGGAGGCCCGGAAACUGUUUGAUGCAGAGCGGCUUAAGCUGCUACAGGAAAUUACGGACCUAAAAACGGCCAAGAAGCAAGUGGACGAGGCACUGAGCAAUAUGAUCCAAGCAGAUAAAAUCAAGGCUGGGGACCUUAGGAGCGAGCAUCAGUCUCACCAAGAAGCCAUCUCGAAGAUCAAGUGGGAGUCAGAGCGGGACAUUCGGAGGCUGUUAAAACGUGUGCGGGAGACUGAAAAACAAUGUAAACCUCUCCUGGAAAGAAACAAGUGCCUCGCCAAAAGAAACGAUGAACUGGUGGUGUCUUUGCAGCGCAUGGAAGAGAAACUAAAAGCCGUUACCAAGGAGAAUUCAGAAAUGAGAGAAAAAAUAACAUCUCACCCACCUUUGAAAAAAUUAAAAUCUCUAAAUGACCUCGACCAAGCUAAUGAAGAACAAGAGACAGAGUUUCUGAAACUUCAGGUCAUUGAGCAACAGAACAUUAUUGAUGAGCUCACAAGGGACAGAGAAAAGCUCAUCCGCAGGAGAAAACAUAGACGAAGUUCCAAGCCAAUUAAGGUAAUGAGAAAAACAAGUUCUCAAACAUUCACCACAAAGAGCCAGAGAGUAAACCCUGAGCUCUAUUUACUAGAGGAAAAUUUUUCCGAUUCACACUGGGUAGAAGAUAAGCAGCUUUUCAUUAAGAGAAACCAGGAGCUUUUAGAAAAGAUAGAAAAACAGGAGGCAGAAAAUCACCGGCUCCAACAGGAACUGCAGGAUGCCAGAGACCAGAAUGAGCUGCUGGAGUUUCGAAACCUAGAGCUAGAAGAGAGAGAGAGGCGGUCCCCUCCAUUUAAUCUACAAAUUCACCCAUUCUCAGAUGGUGUGAGUGCUCUACAGAUCUACUGUAUGAAAGAAGGUGUCAAGGAUGUGAACAUCCCUGAUCUCAUAAAGCAGCUAGAUAUCUUGGGUGAUAACGGGAAUUUAAGAAAUGAAGAACAAGUGGCCAUAAUUCAGGCCAGCACUGUGCUGUCCCUAGCAGAGAAGUGGAUCCAGCAGAUUGAAGGAGCAGAGGCCGCCCUGCACCAGAAAAUGAUGGAAUUGGAAAGUGACAUGGAACAAUUCUGCAAAAUAAAAGGAUAUUUGGAAGAAGAACUAGACUACAGAAAACAAGCUCUUGACCAAGCAUAUAUGAGAAUCCAGGAACUAGAAGCUACUUUGUACAAUGCUCUGCAGCAAGAAACUGUUAUCAAGUUUGGUGAAUUAUUAAGUGAAAAACAGCAAGAGGAGCUGAGGACGGCAGUAGAAAAGUUACGGCGGCAAAUGCUGAGGAAGAGCAGAGAGUAUGACUGUCAGAUUCUGCAGGAGAGAAUGGAGCUCUUACAGCAAGCCCACCAGAGAAUCCGUGACUUGGAAGAUAAAACAGAUAUCCAGAAAAGACAAAUAAAGGACUUAGAAGAAAAGUUUCUGUUUCUAUUCUUGUUCUUCUCUCUUGCCUUUAUUCUAUGGCCUUGAUGUCAAGGUGCCUCUUAAAGAAUAACCGAAAAUAUGGAUCAGAGCCC